AUCGAUCCAUCUUUGGGUCUUGAUUUUUGCUAAGUUAGGGCUAACCUUUAGGCCCGACUCAAUUGCGGGGCUACACUUGGGGUUAGAAAAUUGAACCCUCGACCAUUUCCAUGGCGCUUCGAAUUUAACACAUACAUGAUACAUACAUUAAAUGUUGAGAAGACGAUUAGCUUCAAUUAUACCUCGGACAACUAUUUCCCAUGCCGCGCCCCAGCAGUAUAUUUCUCUGCAAUUCUUGCAAUGCCGGGCCGAUAAUAUCUCGAAGCCCGACUGUCAUUUUGGGGGUACGAGGGCUUACAGCAGCCUAAUGCGGUUGAAAGAUUCAGUUUUACCCAGAUGGCGAAACGUUUUGACUAUCAAGAGUACAAUUACUCAAUCAACAAGAGUUGGAACAACAUCGAAUUCUGCUUCGUUCCAUUCAACUAAUGCUUCUUUUGAGAAAUGGAAAAUUAAAUUUAGCUGUGAGGUUAAAAGAAAUCAGCAAACACCAAAGAACCAUAUACGAUUUGCGGUACGAGAGAAGCGUUCUGACACGAAAAGAGCUCUUAAUACCAUACUGUCCAAUGGGGGGUGCUCAACGUCAACAGCUGAGUCAUUUCCAAGAAUAGGUGACGACUACACUGAUCAACUAAACAAGAAAUCUCGAAUAAUCGGUCAAGCUAGGAGAGCUUAUCACAAGAAAAUGAAACGUAAACAUCGGAAAGAUAAUUUGUCUGCAGAUUAUGAUGACAACCCUGAUAGAGCAUUUGUGAAUAGAACCUUCAGAGCCUCGGAAAUAGGAUUUGACUGGAAAGAAUUUUAUGAACAGAAUAAAGGUCGAUUUGGUAAACAUGGAAGUAAAAGUAGUACGGAAUCUGGUGAUAAGUCUUUCACAGUAGGAACAUAUGCUGAUAGGAAAAUCCUCGGUUUAUCGACAACUGGUCCUUUAGAAAUUGAAGAUGUCAAGGCUGCCUUUCGUGUGUCAGCUUUGAAGUGGCAUCCUGACAAGCACCAAGGUUCUUCUAAGGGUGAUGCUGAAGAGAAAUUCAAGGAUUGUGUCAAUGCAUACAAAUCACUGUGCAAUACUCUCUCUGGUGCGGCCUAAUUUUUUUUUUCUUGUCCCCGAACAUUAUACUACUUGUGUUUAGCCCCUCUUUAUAUCGUAUAGGUUCACUUAUUUAGCUUUUUUUUUUUUUUGGGUUUUGGUUUUGUUAACUUAAAAAAAAACAGCUGUUAAAAUUAAUUUAAAGUGAUAGAGUUCGUAUUGAUGGAUUAGCA